CGCAGUCAGGGUGGUACCUACAGACCCCAGGCACGGCCCCCGGCGUAGGGGGCCUGGGAGUGGCGAGGGGGCGGUCCCGGGUGAUGCGCAUCUCCUAUUGGCUGUCCGGCACCUCCCCACUGCAAGGCGAUUUAAGCCGCGGUGGAGCCCGGAGCCGCACAGCGCCCCCGCCACCGCGUUCUCCCUGCUGCUGCUUUCGUGCUUGCCCGCCCGCCAUGGCCAGCAUUAAGGACCUCGAGGGGAGGUGGCGCCUGACGGAAAGCCAAGGCUUUGAGGAAUACAUGAAGGAGCUAGGCGUAGGACUGGCUCUUAGGAAGAUGGGUGCUAUGGCCAAACCAGACUGUGUCAUUUCGUGUGACGGCAACAAUAUCACCAUUAAAACCGAGAGCACUUUGAAGACGACACAGUUUUCUUGUACGCUGGGAGAGAAGUUUGAUGAAACUACAGCCGAUGGCAGAAAAACUCAGACCAUCUGCACCUUCACCGACGGUGCCCUGGUCCAGCACCAGAACUGGGACGGGAAGGAAAGCACAAUAACCAGAAGAGUGAAGGAUGGAAAGCUGGUGGUGGACUGUGUCAUGAACAAUGUCACCUGUACUCGGGUCUAUGAGAAGGUGGAGUGAGGAUGCUUCUCCAUUCCGGACAGGAGUGAAUGAGCUCAGUUCAAUGAGCAGGUCAUAAAUAUCUGUACUGCUUUUUUUUUUUCAGUUUUAUUUUUCAUGACUGUGUUCAACCAUCUUUAUCACCAGCACUUUACAUGAAACCCAUGUCAGAGUGUUGGUUUAACUGGGAUCUUCCCUUUGGUUAGUAAAUAAAUGUGUUUGUGCUACUUCA